AUGACAUCAUUUAAGGUUUUUCCCUUCUCAUUUCUGAUAUCAGUGUUCUUAUUAGCAUGGACUACUGUAUAUGUACAAGGGCAGUUAACCACGAUUAGAUCUGCUAUUCUACUUGAUUUAAGACGUACAAAGUUAACAGAAGAGUCACUCAGUGCAGCUAUUGAUUCUCAUAUUGAGCGUCUCUCUAUGGCUGCUGGUAUGAAAGGUGUAUUUGAUCCAAGUCCAGUUAUUUUAAAUUCAAACGGUAGUCUUUUAGUGGCUCUCGCAGAAGUACAACGAUUAUUAACGGAUAAUAAUACACGUCUGGAUGUAUUAUUUCUAGCCGAAAGUGCAGAUGUUUCUAUAGGUGUAAGUGAUGUAUUAAAACGAAACAGUUCAACUUCGGGUAUAACGAUUAUCUCUGCACAUACAUCAAAUCCUAAACUCUGUGAAAUAAGUUCUAAUCCCACUACCGUUUGUUUUGUACCACGAGAUCUUAUUAAUGUACGGGCGGCAUUAGAAGUGGUAUCAUCUGAAUUACAAUGGUCCUCUGUUGCCGCAGUGUUUAGUAGUGAUGCGUAUGGAACCGGUGUGGAGUCUAUAAUGGAUUCGCAAAUUCCAUUAGCACGAUCGGCCCCAACUGUAGUGACUAGACUCUUCAUUACAUCCAGUGGAACUACAGAAGAUGAUGAUAAUCUCGUAAAUGAGAUAUUACGUUUUCGUCCUGUAGGAAUUCUUUGUUUUGUUUCAGAAGAAGAAUUUCGUCGACUUCGAUCUGCUAUUAUUCGAUUGGGAAAAGAGAAUGAUCUUAUCUUAUUUGGUUCACGAGAAGCUGUAAAUAUGAUGGAUGAAUUACAAGGAUCUUAUCAACCACUUGUCAAAUUGUGGGGAACACUCUUUGUAUCGGAACAUGCUUCUAUUGCUAAACUAAUUACACAGGGAUAUUUUAAUUAUCGUAAUCUUGAUAACUAUGCUGCUUAUAUUGUAAGUCACUUAUUUGAUGCGAUGCAGGCUGUAGCUUUAGCAGGAAGUGCAUCUCCAACUGUUAUUCGUUCUGUAAACUUUCAAGGAUUUACGGGUAGUGUUUCCUUUGAUACUAUAACUGGACAACGUGUGGGAAUUAUCUAUUCACUCUUAUCUAAAUCCUACACAACCGAUCAACCUCUUAUUUCAUGGAAUCUUCCUAAAUUAGGGGAUGUACCUGCAGUGAUGAAUUAUAAUCCCACCGCAACUGCAGCUCUAAUUGCACCUUCUCCUUUACGUGCGGUAACAAUUUGUAUGGCCGCCGCCAACAGUUGUUCAGAAGUGGAAAGUCUUAAUGCGAUGACCUAUGUAUUUCUUCAGAAUAAUAAACUCACCAGUAAUAUUAAAGGGGCUACGACUUUUAUUCCCUUAUCUUUUAACACGGGUUUAAGUGGAGUAGAGGGAUUAGUCUCUUUAAUACCUGUGGCUCGAUCGUGUUCUGUUUUAAUUGGACCUGGACGUGGUCGUGUGGCUAUUUCACUAACGCCUGUUAUUAAUCAAUUUGGUAUCACUCAAGUGGAUUUUAAUACUGCUGAGACUAUCUUUUCAGAUCGUUUGGCUUAUCCAUAUUUUUCACGAUCUAUUCCUGAUAAUAUGUUUAAUUAUAUGGUUUAUGGUGAGAUAUGUUCUUAUUUUGCCUGGGAACGUGUGAUUGUGGUGGUAUAUAAUGAUCAAUUUGGAAAUGCCCGUUUACAUUCUCUUCAAAAGUCUAUGGAACAGAGAAAUAUUCAUGUGGAGAAAGUAUAUGAACUUACAGCUAUUAAUAAAGAAGAAAUGACUUCUACAAUGGAAAGUAUUUAUAAAGUUGAUAUCUCUCGUAUUGUAGUGGUUUUAUUACCUCUUUUUGGUGAUGAUGCAAAGACAUGGUUUGAUUUAUUUGAUGAACUCUCAUUUAUGAAAAAAUAUGUUUUUAUUUUAAGUAAUGAAAUUUGCCAAUAUGCAGCUACAAAUCCAGAAGAACGGAAUAAAGCUCAGAGUUCUCUUUGUGUACGUCCACAUAUUUCCAAAGAUCGUGUGGAUAAGAUUAACAGUGAAUUCACGGAGAGUGGACUUUAUAAUGAACAGAUGCGAGUAUUAAUUAAAGGUGGAUUUGCCAUACAAGUCUCUCAAUGUAAUCUUUCCAGUAUUCGAACGGUUUCUGCAUUUGCAGUAGAUGCUGCCUAUACCGUUAUCAAUGCGGUAGAUCGUGCAGUUAAUAAAAGUGUUAGUCUUAACAAAAGUUCAAACCUUAUGCCAUUUAUUCGUUCCACAUCUAUUGAUAUUUUCUCACCAACAUUUGAAAUUGACAAGACUGGAAAUCGUAAUUUUGCCGCCUUUGCUGUUGAUAUUCAAGUACCCAAUCGCACAAUUGUGGUGGGCACUUGGAAUGUUAAACUCUCUCCACCCUUUCGCUAUACCGCAACAGAAAAGGUGGUUUGGUUCUCUGAAAGUACGGAAGUUCCUGCGGAUACUUUUCGUGAUAUUCAAUUUAUUUUAGGCACAACUGUGAAGGCGAGUCCGGGGACGAUUGUUCUUUCGGUGUUGGGAUUUGUUGGCACGAUUGCCGUGUUUGCCUUCUGUUAUCGACAUUAUAAAAUGCAGAAGUUGGUGGAACUCAGUUUGGAGAGUAAUCGUGUGCCGGUAACAGAAGAGGAGCUGCGACGAUUACGGGGUGAAAGUUCACUAAUGGGCAAAGUGUAA